GAGGCAGGCUGAGAGUUUAGAAAAGUGAGAUGAGAGGCAGGUUCGGUGAGACUGCUGGUGAGUGCACUAAGGAUUACUUCGAAAGGGAUGGCUCAGGAUUCUGACAGCAGCGACAGCGGCUACAACAGGUACCAGCCUUACAAUGGCAAACAGGAAAACUUUGAAGAAACAAAGAAGGUCAUGCGAAGGGAAAAGAAUCGACUUGCAGCUCAGAAGAGUCGACAGAGACAGACUCUGAAAGCAGAUACACUACACCAGGAAAGUGAAUACUUAGAGAAAGAAAAUGCUGCCCUAAGGAAGGAAAUUAAACAGCUGAACGAAGAGCUGAAAUAUUUCAGCAGUGUGUUGAAAAGCCACGAGGGUCUGUGUUCAAUGAUGGUGUCCCCAAGUGAAGAGCUGGUUUAUCAGAGUCACUCCUUUCAACAGACACACAGCAACACUCCAGCACGGCUUCACCUGUGAGGCUGACGGAAAGGACUCUUGGAAUUAGCUGUUAACACAAACUAAGACUCCUGGUCUCACCUUACCUCAAGGAGCCACAUACACAUACACAACAUACGGAGUCUGCACCAGCUUCACUGAUCUCUCACUCCGCGCAGUGCCACUCAAUUGUUGAGGUGGAUUCUACAGGACUCGACCUGCAGUUUCACAAAGUUUAUCACAAAUGCUAAAGUCUUAAAGCUGAAGCAGGAAAUGAACAGGUACCUGUUCACAUUGUUGCCAAAGUAACAAGAUCCAGAAUGGGUUUGUGUCUGUCGAUUGAAUGUAACAGUAAUCCAUUAAGAACAGCAAGAACAGGUGAAUGUUACAUCCUUCCGAAGACCUUCUCAGGAUCACCGCAAGAUAGACAGAGACGUCUGUGUUCCAGUCUGUCUCCAAAGCAGGGCAGCUUCCUGGACACCUGAGCAUUUACAUAGGAUAAUCCAAAUCGUUUGAGAAAGAGAAUGUGGCUGAGACACAGUCACAGAAGGUCACAGGGCUUCACUGAGACAAGCUGCAGGACUGUGUGCUCUCUGACCAACUCAUCUCAGUCCCACAGAGAACCUGACCGACCAUCGGAGACCAAUCCCAGAAUCAAACAUCUGUACAGAACUGUUAAAUUGUUUGCUUCCUUGAAAAUGAUGUACAUAGGUUACUUUGCCAAAUUUAUGUUUCUGACAUCUUAAAACAGACUAAAACUAAAACCUUUGGCCUCCAUUUCAAGAAAUCCACAUUUCCAAAAUUAGAAUAAAUUGGAAAGAAAUUUCAUGAAGUCUAA